CCGUGGGUGAGGUGAGAGCGCGUCGGGACCUCCUGCCUUUUUGCUGCCAAGCGGGUUCACCGCAGCUGCCGCCGCUGUGAGGCUGCCACUUAGCUUCGACAUCUAACGAGUCGAGAAAGUUUUGCCGUUAUCCGCUGCCCCAGCAUACACGCUCUCCUCCGCGUAGGUGUGCUCUCGUGCAGUGAUAAAAAAGAACUGAAAAAUAUAUAACGUAGAGUAAGCCAGUGUGUGGCGGUGAGAGUGAGAGCAGCUCGACUGCCGACGGGAGGAAGAGAGAGACAGAGAGGCUUCUCUGACAGACAGAUCCGUAAUUAAUGGCUUCGUCUUUUAUCACGUGAGGGAAGAGAGGGUGACAGAAAGGCGAGGAGAAAAACGAGAGAGUGGAGGCAGGAUUGCAGGUGCUCUCCGCGGCUCCUGCUCUCUGCGGGUGGCCCACUCAGCGUGUUCGAGGCAGACAUCGACAUCCUAUUCCUGUGAAAAUCCUGCUCAAGCCGAGCCCAUCGCUGGGGACUUUCAAUUAGCCGUGAAUGUGUUGUCUAAUCUGAGACAUAUACUGAGCAUCUCACGCCGCCGGAACUGGUAAGGUCAACGAACCUUGAGUCAGACACGGAGUGAAAAUUACGGGAAACUUUUCACUACACACGCUGUGGCAGCACCUGUGAACUCUGCUUAUAUCCCCUAAGUCUCCCAGACACCAUAUUUAAGCCACAGUUUCCUUCCAUUGUCAAGAUUACCCGUAACCUGCAGUGUACACACGCCGCCGACAGCGAUUCGUGUGACGUCACAGGCGCCCCCCACCCCCCACCUCCGGCCCUUCCAGUCAUCAGGGUCACUCGUGGACGUGGCGCUCGUGGGCUUCGUACAUCCGGAGCUCCAAAGACUGAGGACCCUGCCGGCGUCAAGAGUGUGGUGACAUCAUGACUGACAUGGACGCCUUGAUCCCUCACUCCCCUCCCCCCUACCUGUCCCUCUGAAACCGCCCCCCAGCCACCCUUAUCCCCAUGUCUCCUGUCCAACACGUCAUUCACCAUCGCGUUCCGCCUCGGCAGCGCCUAUGUCAGGAUGGCUGCACGACGAGGCCACGCUCCCCCUCCCUUCGAGGUGACGGGAGAUCCUCCGGAACACAUCCCUGCGGGGAAGUGAUGGCAGGUGGAGGAGGAUCGCGGCCGCACGAGGACCAACACCCGCAGCUGCCACCGAUGAGGAAAGCUGACCUUUCUCAUCUUAGGAUCUUUUAUGUGCUCAGAGAGCUCGCGGCUUCAGCGUUGAUAGUAGUCAUGCAAGUGUUGUGUUUUGUUACUGAAAGCAUUACGCACUGUAAAAAUAUGCCAAAGGCGCAGGGCGACAGCAGGUCAGAUGAUCUUGAGGCUUUACUAGGGCGGGUCACGAGCACGGGGAACAGCAGGAAGACGCGCUUCCGCCCCCGUAAUUGCAUCUCCGCCGCCAUGAUUGUGCUCCUAAGUCUCCUCCACGGCUUCCCCGCGGCCUCCGCCUGCCCCGGCCUCUGCACAUGCUCCACGCCGCCGCUGAUAUCGAGGAUCGGGGCUGUCUACGACGGCGUGAUAGAGCCGAGGAAGGGCGUGAGGAUGGAGUGCACAGAAGCCGGGCUCUCCUCCGUGCCCGUCGUGGAGGCGCUGGGCGACCUCGACCCCGCCGCCGUCACCAGCAUGGACCUGAGCAACAACAACCUGACCAGCGUGCCUGACCAUGCCUUCGCAGCGUACCCGUCGCUGCAGUACCUGAGGCUCUCUGGAAACAGGAUCUCCUCCGUGUCACCCAAAGCUUUCCAGGGUGUGAAGUUGCAGAAUCUAUACCUUGACAACAACCAGCUGGUAGGAUUGGUGGCUGGGUCGCUGCCGGAAAGCCUGGUGGAACUGUCUCUCGAGGACAACUUCUUCAUUACUAUCCCGCCAGCUGUGUCGCUCAUUCGUGACUUGCAGACGCUAAACCUGGCUCGGAAUAAGGUGACUCAUCUGCGAAACGGCGACCUCCUUGGGAACGACAAACUACUAUCUCUGUCCCUACACCAGAAUCAGAUAGUCGAGGUGGACGACGAGGCUUUCACUCCACUCACAUCUCUGCAGGUCUUGGACCUGACUGAGAACCAGCUGAGGCUCAUUCCGCCCGCCAUCCUAAGUCUCACGCAAUUACGCCGUCUGCAUCUCGGAAACAAUCAGUUGACUUACAUCUCGGAAGAGUCAUUCAAGGGCCUGAGUCUUCUGAAGCAGGUGGUUCUUCAGCCGAACCCACUUGCCGCCGUCCACAACGAAGCCUUCUCGCACCUGCCGUCGCUCACGAAGCUCAUCCUGAAGGAGAUCCGAGACCUGGAGGAGUUUCCUUCCCUAAACGGAACCCACAACCUGGAACUGCUGAGGAUUGACCGCGCAUCCCUCAAGUCCGUCCCUGAUAACCUGUGCUCUUUUACGCCCAGGUUACUAAGCCUGAACCUUCAUCUGAAUUCCAUCACGAGCAUCCCGCAACUGACUAACUGUUCACAUCUCAGACUGCUCGACCUGAGUAACAACGCACUCACUAGCCUGGGACACUACAAGUUCGUCGGGGCGCCUUCUCUCCAGGAUCUCCUUCUGCACCAUAACAAGAUCACUUACAUCCCCGCCGAUGCUUUCACGGGGCUGUCUAAGCUGCAGGUCUUGGCCCUCCAGCACAACCAGAUCAAAGAGAUUCAACCGGAUGCCUUCCUUCCUUUGGUCGGCCUGGAAGACAUCAAUCUGGGGGACAACCUCUUCUCAGAGCUCCCCCACCAUGGCCUAGAGGGCGUGUCGUCUAUCAAGGUGCACAACAACCGCCAUCUUCGAGUGUUUCCUGGACCAGAGAGCUUCCCGAAUGUACAGAUCCUCGCGCUCUCUUAUGCCUACCAUUGCUGCCCGUUCCUCAGCCUGGAGGAGGAGUCUGAUGAAACCGACAUAAUUAGUGAAGAUGUGGUGUUUGAUAUCUCACAAAUCCGGGAUAUUCAUCCGGCUCUCUGGAACACCUCCAACACUUGGACAGAUUCAGAAAGCAUGCGGUCAAACUUUGUGGAGUUGUGGGCUAACCUGAGUGCUGCCUUCUCUCCAGCCCUCGCCAAUUUGACCUCCACGACCUCUCCUGACAUCCCAGUUAUGGAGGCCCUCAACCCGGACUCGGUAUGGCGCCAGAACUCCGCCCACGCCACCACAGGCGCCCGCGUCCGCCCACAGUGUAUCCCUCUUCCAGGCCCCUUCAUGCCCUGCCGGGAUUUAUUUGACUGGUGGACGUUGCGUUGCGGCGUCUGGAUCGUCUUCCUGCUGGCGCUGAUGGGGAACGGCGUGGUGGUCGUGGUGCUCGUCGCCGCCUACGCCAAGAUGGACGUCCCCAGGUUUCUUGUCACCAACCUUGCCAUGGCCGACUUCUUCAUGGGGGUCUACUUGGGCUUCCUGGCUGUAGUCGAUGCAUCCACUUUGGGAGAGUUCCGCAUGUACGCCAUCCCCUGGCAGAUGUCGCCCGCCUGUCAAGUGGCGGGAUUUUUGGGUGUGCUGAGCUCAGAGCUGUCCGUGUACACGUUGGCCGUCAUUACGCUGGAGAGGAACUACGCCAUCACCCAUGCCAUGCACUUGCAGAAGCGUCUCUCCCUGCGGCAGGCGGCUUACAUCAUGGCAAUAGGCUGGUUGUUUGCGCUGACCAUGGCCCUCCUCCCUUUGGCUGGGGUUUCUGACUACCGUAAAUUCGCUGUCUGUCUGCCCUUCGAGACGGACGGUGCCGGUCUUGGCUACGUAGUGUUCCUCAUGUUUAUCAAUGGCGUGGCUUUCCUGAUUCUCAUGGGGUGCUACUUCAAAAUUUAUUGUGCUAUCCGGGGGUCCCAGGCCUGGAAUAGUAAUGAUUCCAGGAUUGCAAAGCGCAUGGCACUCUUGGUGUUCACCGACCUCAUCUGCUGGGCGCCCAUUGCGUUCUUCUCUCUUACAGCAGCUUUCAACUUGCAGUUAAUUUCACUUGAAGAAGCAAAGGUGUUUACAGUAUUCAUCUUGCCCCUAAAUUCCUGUUGCAAUCCAUUCCUUUAUGCACUUCUAACAAAGCAGUUCAAGAAGGAUUGCGUCAUGCUCUGCAAGACCAUUGAGGAGUCCCGCGUGACCCGAGGUAUCGGCCGCUGCCGCCACUCGUCAAACUUCAGUAAUCGCCAGACGCCCGCAAACACUAACAGCGCCAUUGAUCAGUCCUCGCAGGGAGAAAAACAGUGUUGCAAUUGUAAGGGGAAACAGGAAAAGAAACGCUCUCGCAUGUCCAUCAUCUCAUUGAAAUACCUGCUCUGUAACAAAGGAAUGGAAGAGCUAACUUCCUCGAGUGAUAUGAGUUACCAGGCCGGAGGCAGCCCUCACCGCGGGCCCCGACAUGCCUCGCUCUCCAGUGACACUUACAGCAGUUCGUGGUCCGACACAUGGCGGCGUGGACGGGGCCCUACCGUCCUCAGGUUAAUGGAUCGCCGACGGCAUAACUCCUGGGCAGCUACGCACAAACCCUCGCAAGAAAGCAGCCUGUCCUCUUCACGCCCCGAUUCCUCUGCAACGACGGCUUCUACCGCUACCUGGCGUAUCUCCAGGUCUUCUGUCUCCUCUGACACCUCGAACGGCAGCGGACGGUUUAAGACGGGCGAGACGCGUCUGGGGUCCAUACGGGACCGGCGGGGUGACGGCCGACAGUUUGGCGUUGUUCGUCAGCAAAGUCAAACCCAGCUCCUGAAGGAAGCAGUCCCCGCAACUCGACCUCCGACUGCGCGUCCAAAACCCCGCUUGCAGCGGCAGGCUGCCAUGGAGCGAGAAACUUACACACCGGGGAAGGAUGUACUGGGUGUAGACGCGCCUCCCUGCCCCCUCCACCUCCGUCCUGACAACCUGUCGUGUGUGUAUGAGCAAGAGAGCCAAGACGAAGAGAAUCAGAUACCUAGCAGAACCGUCUCUCCUAACCUACAGCCCCCACUUCUUCUGGCCCCUGGCACGCUGGCGACAUCCGAUGAGAACAACUGCACAGAACCACUGCAAGAAAUCAGUCUAGUCCCGCCUGCUGUCAGUUCCCCUGCCCGCUCCCUCCAGUCGCCUCAGCCAGACUCUCCUCCGGAGGGAGACGAGGAGUCCCCAGCCGUGGCAGCAACGGAGACAACGGCGCUCAUGAAGCCUGAUGCGAAUGCCGAAGAACCCCAACACGGAAGUCCUAAAUCCCCGAGCAAGGUUCUGGAGACUCACUUCCCGCUGGACAUCCCUGUACAUGAAACUCGACCCUUGAUUUAGUGUCUAAGAUAAUCUCAACUUUUCCACAGAAAAGUUUCUUUGGGUAAGAACCUAGUGAGCGAUGCAAUCGACAAUGCCAAAGAAUCGUAGUGUAAGUCGUAAAUGUGGUAGGUAUUUGUAUAAUAUGUCUUAACAUUUUAUUCUUAUUCAAUGAUACUAUGUUGUUCAGACGGAGCUAAUAAAUUAUUUACAUUUCA